GGAAAAAGUGAUUGAAUUUGCAUUGCAAGCGAUCUCAUCUCAAUUUAAUUCAGUUUUAUUUUAGUUCAUAAAAGUGUAAGACAAUGACUAAAAGAAAGAAUAAACCGUUGAUUGAUUCUGAUUCUAGUAGCGAGUGUUCGGAUUUCGAUUCCGUAAGUAUAUACAUUUAAUCUUAGGUUAGAAAAACGGCUUUACUGACAGACGGGUUUCUACGACAUUCUUUCAGUGAUUCGUCUGCGUAUUUAGGCCAAGAUCAAUGUUUCGCCGCGCUAAUUCACCAUAAUGCGCAGCAUUUCUUAAAAUAUGUCACAUGGCAUUAGAAAAUAGACGCUAGAAUCCCUUUUCAAACGUUCUCAAAACAUCUUUGAAACGUAGUGUUUUGCCUUGCGUGAAACAUGUCUGAGAAACAAUUUACGGCAUGACUCAUGUUUUUUUGAAAAAUCAGGCAUUAAAUCGUAUUUAUGAGUACAUUGGUUUGAUUUAUUAUAUAGAAAAUGCUUAGUAUUUACAUUUUUGUCCAUUAGAAAAGUUAACUGCCAUUUUUAGUGAACAAUUUACAGUCUGCUGAUGAAAAAUUCUUGUAGUUACAUAAUUCAGGGUGGAGACUUUCACUUUUGUCUAGAUUUUCCAUUACAUCAUCAAAAAUCUAUAUCUUUAGAUUUCAGCUUGUGUUUGCUACAAGCUAAUUUGAGCAUGUUGUUAUUGUUCUGUGUUGCUAUUCUAAAAAUAUUUUUCAAUAUACAAACCUAAAACGUAGUUUCUGAUUAAGUGUUUACCAUCAAUCAAACUAAAUGAAGAUAGUAUAUUUUGUUGAUGCAAUUCCUGAAUCUUGCAAAAAAGAAGAAAAAGGGUGACUCCCCACCCCCUGCGAAGGCCAAGUCAAAGUCAUCAGGGAGUGAAUCAGAUUGGGAUGAAAACGACAAAAAAGAGAGCAAAUCAUCAUCAUCAUCAGGGUCGGACUCUGAUAGUGAUGCAGGCAGUGUUGCGUCAAAUAAGAAAGAGCAACGUCGCAAUUCCCGUAAGACUUCAUCGGAACACUCUGAUGACAGUAGAAAGAAACCUGAGCCUAAGAAGGUAGAGGUCAGGAAAAGCACCGACAGUAAUGGAUCUGGGAAGAAAAAAGACACAUUCAGUGAGCCUGAAGAAGGUGAAGUAUCGUCACACUCUUCGGACAACGACUCCAUUGACUCCGAAGAGGAAUUUGAUGAUGGAUAUGACGAGAAUCUUAUGGGAGAUGAAGAGGAUAGGGCACGUCUCGCCGCCAUGUCGGAGAAGGAGAGAGAACAGGAGAUCUUCAAGAGGAUAGAGAGGAGAGAUCUCAUGAAGACAAGAUGGGAGAUUGAACGUAAACUCCGCUUAGCCCGUCGUUCCGCGGCCGAAAGAUCAGCUUCACCCGGCGAAAUAGCGAGACGGCGAGAAGCUAGGAAGAGAAGGAAAGCGAUGCGAGACACCAGGCAGAAGGAGAGGGAGAAAGAGAGAGAACGGGAGAGGGAGAAGGAGAGACAGAACUCGGAGAAGAGAGAAGCUGAAGAAGAGAAACAGGAAGAAACCGAAAAAGAGAAGGAGACAACCCCACCGAGUCCCGGAGAGAUUAUGGACGAAUCCAAAGAUGCGGAAGCAUCGGAACGUUCCGCGUCCCCCCUCUUCGGGGCGGCUAAAACGGAACGUAAACGUAACGUAGACGACCGUAGACAGAACGCUAUGGCUGCCCUCAGGGCACAGAGAGACGCUAAAGCAACAAGAGUGGAACAUAUCAAACAGAAGAGGAGGUUGGAGGAGGAGAAGAACAAGGAUAAGGAUGAAGAAGACGACGCAGAUGCUGAGAUAAUUGGCGGGACAAGCAAACAAAGCGUUAAACUGAAGGCUUCAGACAUUUACUCAGACGACUCGGGAUCAGACUCGGAAGACAACAAAUCACAAGGAAGAAAAAGUGCGUCGUCUUCUUCCUCAUCAGAGGGAGAAGAGGAAGAGAAGAAGAGGGAAGAAGUUGAAGUAAAAUAUGCAGACUCUAGGGAUCAAAUUAACAAACUGAGACUUAGCAGGUUCAAAUUAGAAAGGUUAGUGCACCUGCCUUUCUUCGCGCGUGUGGUUACAGGGUGUUUCGUCAGGAUCGGUAUUGGGAACAACAACGGCAAUCCCGUAUACAGGGUAGCGGAAAUAAUAGACGUAUAUGAGACAGCUAAGAUAUACAAUUUGGGCAACACAAGGACAAACAAAGGACUGAAACUAAGACACGGCACACAGGACAGAGUAUUUAGAUUGGAAUUCGUCAGUAAUCAGGAGUUCACAGACAGCGAGUUUCAGAAAUGGCACAAGGCGAUAAGGGACGCUAACAAGAGACCACCCACCAUGGAUUAUGUUAGAAGUAAAAUAUCAGAAGUCAGAGACGCUUUAAUGUAUGAAUUUAAGGAAGAAGAUAUAGAGAAAAUAGUAGCGGAGAAGGAGAGAUUCCGAUCACACCCCACCAAUUACGCGAUGAAGAAGACACAGCUCAUGAAAGAGAGGGACGUAGCGCAGCUCAGAGGUGACGAGGAACUAGUAAUGGACUUAAACGCAAAGAUACAAGAGUUGGAGGAACGCGCGAAUCAUUUGGACAAAACCAGAACGUCGUCCAUACAGAGUAUAUCGUACAUCAAUAACAGGAACCGGAAACUGAAUGUGGAGACCGCCGAGAAGGCCAUUAUGGAAGAGGUAAAAGCAAAUAAAGGCAAGAAAGCCGAUGAUCCCUUCACAAGGCGGCACACCAAACCGGUCAUGAACUUCAACAAGGCACAGGGGAACAGAAGUCAGGAGCUACAGAGAAGCGAAGAAGAAGCAGCGGAAGCACAAAAGCAGAGGGAAGAAGAAGAGAAGGCGAUCAAAGAGAGACAAGAGAAAGAAAGACUUUCUGUGGUGCAGGAAACGGAAAAGUGUCCCACAAACAAACCGGGCGAUUCUGCCAGCCUGUACAGCCUCCACGACUUCGACAUCAGCAUCGAUCUAGACAUGCCUGUGCCCAAAGUCACAAACUCCCAACCAAAGCAAGUGACGACCAAAGUGAAAGAGACUGGGCCGAAGCGUUCACUCAACCUCGAAGAGUACAAGAAACGCCACGGGCUCAUAUGAGUGUUGUGCCCAUUGGACAAAGCAAAGUGCUUGUGAUAACGAUUUAGUGAAGUGAUAGUGCAUUCGUUGACUGAAGUUCACAGACCGGAAAUGUGCGAUCGAAAAAGUCCAGAAGUUAUAAUUUCUGAUUGAAAAAUUGAAAACCAGCUAAAGGAGAUCAAAUAGUACGAAUAAACUUUAAGUUUUAUGCGAUACAACAUACUGUAACAAGUGAUAAGUUGAUUUGAUUUUUUUGUAAGUAUUUUGAAUAUUAUUUAACUGUAAUGUCACAGAGUAAAGUGAAAUUCGUAAGAAGACAAAGUUAGAGCAUAGUUAGACUUCGGGCAAAGGAGGUACCCACUUAUGAUAACCUUUUAUAUUUGAGUCCUAUGAAAAAACUGUUGUAUAAUUCAGGUCAUUAAGGAAAGGAAAGAAAAAUGUCGACACAAGACAUUCUGUCUCACUCGCACGUUACUUAGGAUAGCAUGUGCGAAAGGGACAAGCUGUGCUACGUCGUCAUUUGCGAUUCCAUUCUUUAAUGACACAAGUUAUACCAAAACACCAAAUUCCUUAAUAAUAAACAUCAUUAUACUCGACCUUUUAACCCAUAUACUAAAAUUACUUAGUUAUUAAGUUGGAUGAUCUAGCAGCCCUACUUGAAAAUUCAAAUAUGCAUAAUUUUACAUCAUACGAAUUUAUACUUUACUGUGUAUAAAGUUCAAAAUCGAAACCAACUCUAAUACAAUUU